AUGCCGACGCCACGAUCGAUGCGGAGCCAAGUGCAGGCGAUUAUUUCGCCGCUGCUGCCUGAAUUUCACAAAGGCCAGGCUGGUCGUGUAGGUAUCUUGGGCGGCUGCAAGGAAUACACUGGUGCACCGUACUACGCCUCCAUGUCGAGCAUGCGCUUGGGAUGUGAUAUGUCUUUUACGAUCUGUGCGCCGGAAGCCGCCCCGCCUCUCAAGACCUAUUCACCUGACCUGAUUGUGCACCCCAUCCUCGACCAUACGAAGAGCACAGAAGAUGUUCGGAACGAGCUUCGUGCUCUGUUCAAGCGUCUGCAUAGUGUGGUCAUUGGCCCGGGCUUGGGCCGCGAUACGUCUAUGCAGUCGUUUGCUCGUGUGGCGUUGGAAGUCGCGCGGGAGUCGAACCUGUAUGCUGUUGUCGAUGCAGACGGACUAUGGCUCGUUCAAAACGAUCCCGAGAGUGUAAAAGGCUACAAACGGGCCAUUCUAACGCCCAACGUCGUGGAAUUUCAACGUCUGUGCGAUGCCAUGGGUGUGGAAGCGUCCGACGAUGCAGCCCAGCGCUUGAGUAUCGCGCUCGGUGGACUGACGAUUGUAGAAAAGGGCCAAGUUGACCGUAUUGUGACACCGACCGACAUUGUCAUAUGCGACGAAGAAGGCGGUCUCAAGCGAUGUGGCGGCCAGGGCGAUCUGCUCAGUGGCACUCUUGGUACGUUCCUCGCAUGGGCCCAGCGGUUCGAGGAACGCACAGAGGCUGGCGAGGAUCUCCCCUCCAUUCCUGCCGAGCGUCUGCCCCUCCUAGCAGCGCUAGGCGCUUCUACGGUGACGCGUGUAGCUUCACGCCGUGGCUUUGCGCGCUUGCGUCGUAGCAUGUUGGCCAACGACCUUUUGGACGAAAUCGGUCCGGCCUAUGAAAGUACUUUUGGCUCUACAUAG